AUGGCUACCACGGAGGAUAACGUGACAAAAAUCCACGAUUUCGUAUUGGCAGACCGCCGAUUGAAGGUGCGCGAGAUAGCUGAAACAGUAGGCAUCUCAAAAGACCGCGUGGGUCAUAUCCUGCAUAAAAUUUUGGGCAUGAGAAAGCUAUCGGCGCGAUGGGUGCAGCGUUUGCUCACUCCGGACAACAAGCGCAACCGUGAGACCACUUCAGAGCAGUGUUUGACUCUGUUUAAGCGCAAUCCAAAGGAGUUUCUGCGUCGUUUCGUGACCGUCGACGAAACAUGGAUCCACUGGUACACACCAGAAACCAAGGAACAGUCGAAACAGUGGACUUCACCCGGCGAACGUGCUCCGAAGAAGACGAAGACUGUCCUAUCGGCCGGAAAGGUGAUGGCCACCGUUUUCUGGGAUUCACAAGGUGUGAUCUACAUCGACUAA